GACCUCCCACCUCUUCCUAUAAAUACAUAUACAAACCCCAUUCCCCAUCCCAAAAUCCUCAAAUUAAAUCUCCCUUCUCUCUCCAUGGCUGCCGGAACCAUCCCCGCCGCCACCGCCGCCGCCGCAUUCUACUUUCUCAUCCUCAUUUCCCUUUACAUCACCACUUCUGCCGCUCCCACCGGUUCGGAAUGCAGCUCGACCCGAGACCCAUCCUACUGCAAAUCGGUUCUCCCGAACCAAACCGGCAAUGUCUACUCGUACGGGCGGUCGUCGUUUAGAAAGUCACUGUCGGCGUCGCAGAAAUUCCUCCGCCUUGUGGAGAAGCACCUCCGGUCCCGAUCGUCGCUGACUGUGCCGGCGGUGAGGGCGUUGGAGGACUGCCAGCUACUUGCGGGACUGAACAUCGAUUACUUAACGACGUCGUUCAGGGCGGUGAACUCGACGAGUAGAACGUUGCCGGAGAUGAAGGCGGAUGACGUGCAGAGUCUGCUGAGUGCGAUAUUAACGAAUCAACAGACUUGUUUGGACGGAAUUAAGGCGACGGCGGGUUCUUGGUCGCUUAAAAAUGGCCUUUCUCUCCCACUUGCUGCUGACACCAAGCUGUACUCUCUGUCGUUGGCCUUCUUUACCAAAGGUUGGGUUCCAAAGAAGAAAAAAAAGCCGACAUGGAAAGCCGCCGGAAGACACGGCGGGUUCAGAAACGGACGAAUGUCACUUAAAAUGUCUAGCAGAGCUAAAGCCAUCUACGAGACGGCGACUCGCCGGAAUCUGUUGCAGGCCGAUGACGGCGGCGACGACCAGAUUGCUGUCAGGGACAUCGUAGUCGUCAGUCAAGACGGCAGCGGAAAUUUCACAACCAUCAACGAGGCAGUUGCGGCGGCGCCGAACAAUUCUGCUCCGACCGACGGCUAUUUCUUGAUCUUCGUGUCGGCCGGAGUUUAUGAAGAAUAUGUGUCGAUUGCGAAGAACAAGAGGUACUUGAUGAUGAUCGGAGAUGGCAUUAAUCAGACCGUCGUCACCGGUAAUCGGAGCGUCGUUGACGGCUGGACCACCUUCAAUUCUGCCACGUUUGCGGUGGUCGGACCUGGAUUCGUAGCAGUAAACAUGACAUUCCGAAACACCGCCGGCGCCAUAAAACAUCAAGCCGUCGCCGUCCGUAACGGCGCCGACUUAUCAACAUUUUACCUCUGCAGCUUCGAAGCUUACCAAGACACCUUAUACACCCAUUCCCUCCGCCAAUUCUACCGCGACUGCGACAUCUACGGCACCGUCGACUUCAUCUUCGGCAACGCCGCCGUCGUCUUCCAGAACUGCAACAUUUACCCACGCCUCCCGAUGUCCAACCAGUUCAACGCCAUCACCGCCCAAGGCCGGACCGACCCAAAUCAGAACACCGGCACCUCCAUCUACAACUGCCGAAUCACGGCAGCCGAUGACCUGGCGAACAACACCGGCGCCGGCGUGAAGACGUUCCUGGGGCGGCCAUGGAAGGAGUACUCGAGGACGGUUUAUAUGCAGAGCUUUAUGGAUGAUUUGAUUAAUCCGGCGGGAUGGAGGGCUUGGGAUGGGGAUUUUGCUUUGAACACUUCCUAUUAUGCGGAAUUUGGGAAUUUUGGGCCGGGAUCUAACACGUCGGAGAGAGUUAAUUGGCCGGGAUUUCAUUUGAUUAAUGAUACUGAUGCAGGGAAUUUCACGGCGGGGAAUUUUGUGUUGGCCGACGAUUGGCUGCCGCAGACCGGCGUUCCUUACACCAGUGGCCUCACGGACUAGAAAACAGGGCAAAAUUGUAAUUUCAUGCUUACUUUCUUUAUUUUUAUUUUUAUAAUUCCAAAGCCAAUUGUAUAGCUAUGGAAUGAUUACGAUUGAUUCUUUUGUACGGUGAUUUAUUUCAAUAUCGAAAAAAUAUUUUUUUUUCGUUUUUAGUUCA